AUGUUUUUAUCGCCACACUUAGAACUGGAACCAAGCUUUGAAAUGGUGGUGUUUGAUCUGUGCUCCUUCAACUGCUGCAGAUCGGAGCUCGAAGCGCCACGUCCGGCAGGGGCCGCUGGAUCCCUCCUCGGCCAGGCCCGCCACGCGUGGUGCGGAGCAGGCCCGGGGGCCGCGCGGACCGCCCCGGAUUCUCCUCGACGGGCGCGAGCGCCGCGGCCGGCCGGGCCGUGCAGUUCCAUCUCUCCUUCCCUGCUAAGAUGGCGGGCUGUCCGCCUCAGUCGGGUCCUGCGCGCACGCGCCCGGCGGGGUCAGAGUUCGCGCCCGCCCACCACGCAGGACAACAUGGCGGCGCCGGGCUGCAGCCGGGCCGCCGCGCGGCUGGUCGCCCGAUGGCGGCUGCAGACGGCAGCGAGGCGGUGCAGCGGUCUCCCGCCUAAGGAGCCGUCGGCCGCCGCGUCGCUCCGGCAGCAGCCGCGAAAGGGGCCGGGGGGCACCGCGGCGACGGAACCCCGACAGGUUUCUUCAGAGAAAUCGGAAUCCUUUGCAGCCAUGUUGAGACGCUCACCUUUGAUUCAGAUGGGACCUGCCAAAGAUAAAAUCGCCAUUGGUCAAAUAUUCCAUGUUGUAGAAGAUGACCUUUAUAUAGAUUUUGGUGGCAAGUUUCACUGUGUCUGCAAAAGACCAGAAGUAGAUGGAAACAAGUAUCAGAGAGGAUCCCGAGUGCGCCUGAGACUGCUGGAUCUUGAACUCACAUCUCGGUUCCUGGGUGCAGCGACUGAUACGACUUUGUUGGAAGCUGACGCGGUGCUUUUAGGGCUCGUGGAAAGCAAGCAAACAAAGCAAAAGGAGUAAACUUCAUGUAAAUAAAUCUACUUCGUGCUUUAGAGCAAAUUAUACAAAUGAAAUGUACCCUUGGGAGAGGAACAAAAAGUUUCUUUCCGGUUGGUUAUGUAAAUAGUGAGAUCAAUAAAAGACAAUGAGCACAUUGUA